AUGGCGCACCAUCCUUAUGCCUGCGACAUCGACGCAGAACCUCUACACCGUUAUCGCGUAGGAGGCUAUCAUCCACUGAAGCUUGGUGAUAUCCUCAACCAAGGCAGGUACAAAAUCCUGCAUAAAGUCGGAUGGGGCGGUUAUUCAACCACAUGGGCUGCUAGGGAUCGAAAAGAAAAUCGAUACGUCGCUGUCAAGGUCUCGGUGUCGCAAAAGACGACGAGAGGUUACCAGCACGUCUGGCUAAAUCUGUCGCCUGCCAAGCGUUAUCAGGACUUGAUUUUCUCUCAACACACCAAAUUGGACAUGGAGUUGUUCGAACUGGUCACUGGGCAGCCACCCUUCGAUUCAAUGAUGUUGACUCCCGAGACUCUCAUUCCACAGAUGAUAGAAUUCUGUAAGGACGAGAUGCCAGAUCUCUGGCUGAAAAAAUGGCGGGAAAUGAAUAAAACCAAGUCCAGUGAUGACCAGCCCUGCACUCUACAAGAAUGGUUGGAGGAGGUUUAUUUCGUCCACGACCGUAACGCUGAGUUUACGAAGCAGGAUAUUAUCAGGGUCGGUUACCUCAUCUCAAGAAUGCUCAAGUUCAGGCCGUCGUCUAGGGCACAGGCAAAGGAGAUCCUGGUGGAUCCGUGGUUCAGCUCUUAG